GUGGGGGGAGGAAGAUAUAGUCUCACUCCAUUGGCGUCUUAAGUCUGAGUCCUCUUUAGAACUAGGCCAAAUGUUCUUCUAAAUAAGUCACGUUUCUCUUUCUGUCUGGCAGGAGUGCUGGCCAAACAGCUUCCCCAUCCUGUAGAAGGGCCUGAAUAUGGGAAAGUGCUUCUUCAAAGGAAGAAUCUAAUCAAACAAAUUAGUGACAAGAAUAGAGUGGAUCCGGAAAACAUAUCUCCAGUGCCAAAGAGGUGCUUUUAUGAAGUUUAUUUAUUUCAUUAAAAAAAAUAUUGCAUCAAGAAGCUACUGAGAAAGGAUUAUUGUACAUUCUCACAUGAGACAUUUUAUAAUGCUCAUUACAGUUCUUAAAUAGUAAAGGACUUAUACCAUACAAAGAGAUGUUAGAGAAGCAUAUAAGGAAGUAUAAGAAAAGGAACAGUUCAGAUGCAAAAUUGACUCAUGGUCUCCGCCUUCUACUGAAACGCCUUCCGAUGAUUAAUUUCCUGUAGUCUUUAUGCUUAUAAAGCAGAACAAGUGAGAUUAAAGGCAGCCUGAUGUUUUCAAGCUAAAUAUCAAAUGCACAACAAAGAGGAUUUUUUAAAAAGCUAAUACAUUUUGGCACUCUAAGAAAUCAACACAGUGACUGGAGAAUGCCAGAAAUCCAUUUUUUCUUUGGUGUUUUGCUUUUCCUGAAUCUCUCUCUUUCCUGCUACUUUUAUGAGUCAAAUACUUUGCCAGACAUUGGAAAUGCACAGUUUAUUGAGGAAUGUGUCAGAGUGCAUAACAAAUUCCGAUCCAACGUGAAUCCACCAGCUACCAACAUGAAACGAAUGAGCUGGGACCACAAACUAGCAGAGAUUGCCAAAGGCUGGGCAAAGAGGUGCCUAUUUCAACAUAAUUCUGACAUCAAAAUACCAGGGAAGGUACACCCCAACUUCACAACAGCUGGAGAAAAUAUUUGGACUGGCUCCUUUCAGAUUUUUAAUGUGACUUCGGCCCUCACUGAUUGGUACAAUGAAGUCAUGCAUUACAACUAUGAUACCAGAUACUGCAGUGAUGUAUGUGGACAUUACACUCAGAUGGUUUGGGCAACAACAUACAAAGUUGGUUGUGCCGUUCUCUUCUGUCGUCAAGUAACAGGCGUUACGUCGAAUGCUGCACAUUUCAUUUGUAACUAUGGGCCUAGUGGCAAUUUUCCAACAUGGCCAUACAAAAGAGGAACACCCUGCAGCGAGUGUGACGAAGAACCGUGUGUAGACAAACUAUGUGGUAAAGUCCAGGAGGAGUCAAUUUCUGACCAGGAUGACUCAAUUCGUAACCAGAAGGAGUCAAUUUGUGACCAGUACUGUAUCACCAUUCUAAUACUGAGACCAUCUUUUGCUUUAGGGACUUUAGCAGCAGUCUUCUUUGUGAAGCAACGUUAUCCCACAAUAUUUUUUUAUGAAUAAACUAGCAAUGGAGAUAAA